UGCGCUUCAGAUGUUAGUGGGUCGUGGUGGUGGCGCUGUGGUCUGUGUGUGGGACUGUGGAGCCGAGCGCCAGAGCCACCGCGCGAGGGAUGGCGGCGACCGAGACGGCGGCCGUCGCGACCACCGGCAGGCUCCUGUUGCUACUGCUGCUCGGGCUCGCAGCUCCCUCCGUGGCGCUGGCCGGCUAUAUCGAGUCUCUUGCAGCCAAUGCUGGAACAGGAUUUGCUGUUGCUGAGCCUCAAAUUGCAAUGUUUUGCGGGAAGUUAAAUAUGCAUGUGAAUGUUCAGACUGGGAAAUGGGAGCCAGACCCCACGGGCACCAAGAGCUGCUUCGGGACAAAGGAAGAAGUGCUUCAGUACUGUCAGGAGAUGUAUCCAGAGCUGCAGAUCACAAAUGUGAUGGAAGCAAACCAGCCCGUCAGUAUUGACAAUUGGUGCCGGAGGGACAAAAAGCAGUGCAAGAGUCACCUCAUUAUACCAUUCAAGUGUCUCGUGGGUGAAUUUGUAAGUGAUGUUCUGCUAGUUCCGGAAAAGUGCCAGUUUUUCCACAAGGAGCGGAUGGAGAUGUGCGAGAAUCACCAGCACUGGCACACUGUGGUCAAAGAGGCGUGUCUGACCCGGGGAAUGACCUUGUAUAGUUAUGGCAUGCUCUUGCCCUGCGGGGUCGACCAGUUCCACGGCACCGAGUACGUGUGCUGCCCCCAGACAAAGGUUGUGGAGUCCGCUGUGUCGAAGGAAGAGGAGGAGGAUGAGGAGGAGGAUGACGAUGAUGACGACGAUGACGAUGACUACGACAUUUAUAAAAGUGAAUUUCCGACUGAGGCGGACUUGGAAGACUUCACAGAAGCAGCUGUCGAUGAGGACGAGGGGGAGGAAGUGGUGGAAGAGCGCGAUUAUUACUACGACACCUUCAAAGGGGACGACUACACCGGAGAGAACCCAACCGAGCCCAGCAGCGAUGACACUGUGUCUGAAAAGGAGAUCACCCACGACGUUAAAGCUGUCUGCUCCCAGGAGGCGAUGACGGGCCCCUGCCGGGCCGUGAUGCCCCGUUGGUACUUCGACCUCUCCAAGGGAAAGUGCGUGCGCUUUAUAUAUGGCGGCUGCGGCGGCAACAGGAACAAUUUUGAGUCUGAGGACUAUUGUAUGGCUGUGUGUAAAACGAUGAUUCCUCCAACUCCUCUGCCAACCAACGACGUCGACGUGUAUUUCGAGACCUCGGCAGACGAUAACGAGCACGCGCGCUUCCAGAAGGCAAAGGAGCAGCUGGAGAUACGGCACCGCAACCGAAUGGACAGGGUGAAGAAGGAAUGGGAAGAGGCAGAGCUUCAAGCUAAGAACCUCCCCAAAGCAGAGAGACAGACUCUCAUUCAGCACUUCCAAGCUAUGGUGAAGGCUCUGGAGAAGGAAGCAGCGAGCGAGAAGCAGCAGCUGGUGGAGACCCACCUGGCCCGUGUGGAAGCCAUGCUGAACGAUCGCCGGCGCGUGGCCCUGGAGAAUUACCUGGCGGCCUUGCAGUCUGACCCGCCCCGGCCCCAUCGCAUUCUCCAGGCCUUGCGGCGUUACGUGCGUGCUGAGAACAAAGACCGCCUGCACACCAUCCGGCAUUACCAGCACGUGCUGGCUGUGGACCCCGAAAAGGCGGCCCAGAUGAAGUCCCAGGUGCUGACACACCUCCACGUAAUUGAAGAAAGGAGGAACCAGAGCCUCUCUCUGCUCUACAAAGUACCUUAUGUGGCCCAGGAAAUCCAGGAGGAAAUCGAUGAGCUCCUUCAAGAGCAGCGGGCAGACAUGGACCAGUUCACUGCCUCCAUCUCAGAGACCCCCGUGGACGUCAGGGUGAGCUCUGAAGAGAGUGACGAGAUCCCGCCGUUCCACCCCCUCCAUCCCUUCCCGCCCCUACCUGACAUCGAAGACACUCAGCCGGAGUUGUACCACCCAAUGAAAAAAGGAUCAGGCGUGGGAGAGCAGGACGGAGGACUGAUCGGGGCCGAGGAGAAAUUGAUCAACAGUAAGAACAAAGUGGACGAAAACAUGGUCAUCGACGAAACGCUGGAUGUUAAGGAAAUGAUUUUCAAUGCUGAGAGGGUUGGAGGCCUGGAAGAGGAGCCGGAAUCAGUGGGGCCGCUGCGGGAGGACUUUGCCCUGAGCAGCAGCGCCCUCAUCGGCCUGCUGGUCGUCGCCGUGGCCGUGGCUGCAGUCAUCGUCGUCAGCCUGGUGAUGCUGAGGAAGCGGCAGUACGGCACCAUCAGCCACGGCAUCGUGGAGGUUGACCCAAUGCUCACCCCAGAAGAGCGUCACCUGAACAAGAUGCAGAACCAUGGUUAUGAGAACCCGACCUACAAAUACCUGGAGCAGAUGCAGAUCUGAGCGGGGGGAGCGGGUGGCCCUGCUGGCUGGAAUGCAGGGGUGCCGGCAGGCGGGGAGAGGCCCGGCCGCUUGGGUCAAUGGCCGGCCAGCAGUUGCUUCCGGAGGAUUUCAUCUUACACUCAGAACUCCUGGAUCACUACAACUAUAAAGUACUACUGUAGAGUUGCAAUUUCCAUUCUUUUAAAUGGGUGAAAAAAUGUUAAUAUAACAAUAUAUGAUAUAUAAACCUUAAAAAUGAGAAAAUGAUCUAUUGCAAAUACUUGACUGAUGUAGUUUUCUUUUUUUAAAUUAAUCAGAAAUCCCAGUUCUAUUGUAUUCUCACACAUGCUCCACGUUCUAUAUAAACAGAAAAAGUUGAUUUUCAACGAUAGACUGUAUACACAGGCUGUUUUUUCCCAUUGCAAUGUAUAAAUCAACUCUUUAAGGCUCAUUCACUCUCAUAGUUUUAAUUAAAAAAAAAAAAAAAAGGCAGCAUCCCCUCUUUAAGGGGGCUUUCAGAAGGUUGCUGAGAAACGAAAGGAAAGAGGGAACUGGAAUUGACCUUGAAGCAUAUCAUGACCACCUCUCAAAAUAUCUCACAUGGCCCAUUUUUUUGGGAGUCUGGUGCUCUGCUGCUGGGUGACGUGCUGUGUCCCCACCAGCCUUGGCACCAUGGAGUUAAAGUUAUUUGAUUCCAGCACCUUUUAGCGAGCCUAAUGGCACACAGACAGUGCGUCCACAGCUGCUUCCCUUCAUAUCCAGUUCUUCCACCGAGAUCUGCCUGCACUUUGUAUAUGACAUUCUUCCACUCUCCGUCGUUUGCUCUGUAGCUUUUUACUCUUCACCUCCCCCGACAAGUUAUGUCCAAAUGUGAUGCCUCCUUCCUCUUUGGACAUGUCCCUCGAAAGGCACUGACUCCCCACCCCCGCCUUUGCAUCCGGGCUUCUCUGCCCUCCCUUUCCUGAGCACCAGCCCCCGGGGCGGUCACGCAGAGAAGACCAACGAUGAGCAGGCCGCUAGUGGCCCCAGGCUAGAGCACGCAAGGUUUGCUUUUAUUUGAAAAGAGGAUAUUCCAGGUUGUACAUGAAACUGGAUCUGUAGCCACCGUGGAAAGCAUAGAAGAUUUUUGUUUGACACGAGUCUUUGUAAUGCUUGUAUAGUUGACAUUGAUUCCCUCAGCAUUUGUUUUUGUUUGUUUUUUUCCUUUUUUUUCUUUUACUCUGAAGGUUCUGGUAACCUGUAGUGUAUUUUUUUUUUCUAUUUUCCUUUAACUGUUUUUUUCCCCCCUCUUCCUCCCCCUUCAACCAUAUCCUUGUGUCUUCCCACUAUGCACAGAUUAAACUUCACCUACAAACUCCUUAAUAUGAUCCGUGGAGAAUGUACAGAAUUCAAACACAUCAAUAAAUACUUUAACUUCC